GCUUUUAGAUUUGUCAUAUGCACAUUUUGCAUAGCCGGGCGUGAUUGCUACUCUAGAAUUUUCUUUUUUAAAUUUAAAAAACAAAUUAUUUAGUAUUUGUUAAUAUUAUUAAAAAUGGCAUCAAUAAGUCUUUUAAAUCCUAAAGCGGAGUUUGCUCGUGCUGCUCAGGCUCUAGCAAUUAAUAUAUCUGCAGCUAAAGGUUUGCAGGAUGUGAUGCGUACCAACAUAGGACCUAAAGGAACAAUGAAAAUGUUGGUGUCCGGAGCUGGUGACAUUAAAAUUACUAAAGAUGGUAAUGUCUUAUUGCAUGAAAUGCAAAUUCAGCAUCCUACGGCUUCAAUGAUUGCAAGAGCAAGUACUGCGCAAGAUGAUGCUACAGGAGAUGGUACCACUUCUACAGUAUUAUUAAUUGGUGAGCUGCUAAAACAAGCUGAUAUAUUCUUAGCAGAAGGAUUGCAUCCACGUAUUGUCACAGAGGGUUUUGAAAAAGCAAAAGAUAACGCAUUAGCGAUAUUGGAUACAAUGAAAAUUCCUAUUGAAAUCAAUAAAAAGAAUUUAACUGAAGUAGCGAACACAAGCUUAAAAACUAAGUUACAUCCCGCUCUAGCUGAUCUUUUAACAGAUGUAUGUGUUGAUGGUGUAUUAGCUAUAAAAAAAGAUGAGAAACAAGUUGAUUUGCACAUGAUUGAGUUAAUGGAAAUGCAACAUAAAACUGCAACUGAUACUACGCUAAUACGUGGUAUAGUAAUGGAUCAUGGUUCACGCCAUCCUGAUAUGCCCAAACGGUUAGAGAAUGCUUAUAUUUUAACUUGCAAUGUUUCAUUAGAAUAUGAAAAAUCUGAAGUUAAUUCGGGCUUUUUCUACAAAACUGCAGAGGAACGCGAAAAAUUUGUAUUAGCUGAAAGGGACUUUAUUGAUCAACGUGUUAAAAAAGUGAUUGAACUAAAGCGUAAACUAUGCGAUGGCACAGAUAAAUCGUUUGUUGUAAUUAAUCAAAAAGGAAUUGAUCCUAUAUCAUUGGAUGCGCUUGCCAAAGAAGGUAUAAUUGCUUUACGACGUGCUAAACGUAGAAAUAUGGAGCGCUUAGCUCUUGCUUGUGGUGGCACUGCAAUGAAUUCUUUUGAUGAUUUAGAGGAAUCCCAUUUAGGCUAUGCAGGUGUAGUCUAUGAACAUGUGCUUGGUGAAAACAAGUACACAUUUGUAGAAGAAUGCAAAAAUCCGCAGUCAGUUACAAUUCUGAUUAAGGGACCGAAUAAACAUACGCUUGUUCAAAUUAAAGAUGCUAUACGUGAUGGUUUACGUGCUAUUAAUAACGCAAUAGCUGAUAAAUGUUUGAUUCCUGGUGCAGGUGCUUUUGAAGUGCGUGCCUUCAAUGAACUUAUGAAGUACAAAGACACUGUUAAGGGUAAGGUUCGUCUUGGUAUACAAGCAUUUGCAGAAGCACUACUUGUAAUACCAAAGAAUUUGGCAAUAAACAGUGGUUAUGAUGCUCAAGAUACUAUUGUGAAGCUUACUGAGGAGGAUCGACUAAAUUCCGAUGCGAUUGGUUUAGAUUUAGCUACCGGUGAGCCUAUGAAACCAAUCGAUUUAGGUGUAUAUGAUAAUUAUAUUGUUAAGAAGCAAAUUCUAAAUUCCUGUUCUAUAAUUGCUAGUAACUUAUUACUAGUGGACGAAGUAAUGAGGGCUGGUAUGACAAAUCUUAAAGGUUAGGUGCAAUGACACCUUACGAUUCUACGAUAUAACCUGCUUCUCGUAUUUUUUUCUCACAAUCAUUAACCACUUAUUUCAGUUUUAGUAAUAUAAUUAUUUUUGCGAAUUCAUUUACUUGAGUUAUAUUAAAUCACCAAUAUAUAUUAACUAUAACUAAAUUUAAAACAUUUGUAUUAACUUGUAAUUUGAAUAAAAACGCUUCUAUAA